UUCUGUUGAGAGAACACCACACAGUCACUGCCAGGGCGUGAAAUGGCGCAGCAAGGAGUUGAGCUGGAACGAGAAAGCUUCUCUUGUUCAAUCUGUCAUGAUCUACUGAAGGAUCCGGUGACUAUUCCCUGUGGACACAGCUACUGCAUGAACUGUAUUAAACGCAACUGGGGUGGGAGGAGAAUCCACAGAUGCCCUGAGUGCAGCCAGACUUUCACACCGAGACCUGUCUUGAUGAAAAACACCAUGUUAUCAGAUUUAGUGGAACAACUGAAGAAGACUGGACUCCAAGCUCCUCCUGCUGAUCACUGCUAUGCUGGACCUGAAGAUGUGGCCUGUGAUGUCUGCACUGGGAGAAAACUGAAAGCACACAAGUUCUGUCUCAUCUGCCUGGCCUCUUUCUGUGAGUUACACCUUCAGCCUCAUUAUGAAUCCCCUGGGUUUAAAAAACACAAGCUGGUGGAGAAGAAGCUCCAGGAGAACAUCUGUUCUCAUCAUAAUGAGGUGAUGAAGAUUUUCUGCCGAACUGAUCAGCAGUGUAUCUGUUAUCUCUGCUCUGUGGAUGAACAUAAAGGCCACGACACAGUCUCAGCUGCAGCAGAAAGGACUGAGAGGCAGAAAGAGCUUGAGGGGAGUCAACAAAACAUCCAGCAGAGAAUCCAGGACAGAGAGAAAGAUGUGAAGCUGCUUCAACAGGAGGUGGAGGCUAUCAAUCUCUCUGCUGAUAAAGUAGUGGAGGACAGUGAGAAAAUCUUCACUGAGCUGAUCCGUCUCAUGGAGAAAAGAUGCUCUGAUGUGAAGCAGAAGGUCAGAUCGCAGCAGAAAACUGAAGUGAGUCGAGUCAAAGAGGUUCAGGAGAAGCUCGAGCAGGAGAUCACUGAGCUGAAGAGGAAAGACGCUGAGCUGAAGAAGCUCUCACACACAGAGGAUCACACCCAGUUUCUGAAAAACUACUCCUCACUGUCACCACUCAGUAAAUCUACAUCCAGCAUCAAUCUCCGUCCUCUGCGCUACUUUGAGGAUGUGACAGCGGCUGUGUCAGAAAUCCGAGAUAAACUACAGGAGCUUUUGAGAAAGAAAAGGACAAACCUCUCACUGACAGGGAAUACAGUGUUUGGUUUACUGUCAAAUUCACAACCAGAGCCCAAGACCAGAGCUGACUUCUUAAAAUAUUCACGUGAAAUCACACUGGAUCCAAACACAGCAAACGAAGUUUUGUUAUUAACUGCAGGGAACAGAAAAGCAACAGUUUUGGAAGAUGUACAGCCUUAUUCUUGUCACGAAGACCGAUUCAGUGACUGGAUUCAGGUCCUGAGUAGGGAGAGUCUGACUGGACGUUGCUACUGGGAGGUGGAGAAGAAGCGGUAUGAAGUUGAUGUAGCAGUCGCAUACGAGAAUAACAGACGAGCAGGGCGCUCGGGUGACGUUGCAUUUGGACACAAUGACAAAUCUUGGGCAUUAGAAUGCAACAAAAAAGGGUAUAAAUUUAUUUACAACAAUGUACACACCACCAUCUCAGGUCCUUUGUCCUCUAAAAUAGGAGUUUACCUGGAUCACAGUGCAGGUACUCUGUCCUUCUACAGCGUCUCUGAAACCAUGACUCUCCUCCACAGAGUCCAGGCCAUAUUCACUCAGCCGCUCUACGCUGGACUCAGUUUUUAUCCCAUUACUGGAGACACUGCGGAGUUGUGUAAACUCAAGUAGACAGAAUUCAUUGAAAGGCGCUGACGUCACUUUGGUGUGUUCCGAGGCACUUUUUUGACCAACUCAGGGAGACUGAUCAGUCCUUUUCUGUCGGCCGUCGGGUUUCUGUGUUAGAGCAUUACGGGUUGAAUUCCGUUUUUUUAACUCCUAAUACAAUUUGUCUCCAUAUUUGUUGCUCAGAGCUGAUUGUUGUGGCAAUUCUCACUGCACAGAGAUCAGCUAUCAAUCAAAUAUGGGUGGUACUUUUGGACAUUUUCUAAAUAGUUGUAUUUUGUUUGCAUUACCAAUGGCGUUCUUGAACAAACUGAGGGUUUACAUGAUGAAUAAACAAACUGAACAAAGUA